GAGCUUCCCUCACCCAGCCAUCCACGUUUGCUAGUGCAGCGUAGUAAAACCACCAUGGCUCCCACGCAUCCUUCUGUUUGCUUUUCCUUUUGCUUCUCCAGUUUUUUCUCGUAUACCCUACGGAGUACAGUCGCUUUUGCAACUAUUCGUAUUCGAUCGGCAUCGAUAUCCACCAUCCUGUCAGUGUCCGUCCUUCAUCCUGCAGCAGCUCCAAGCACAGCAUCUACCAGGCCUGUCAACUUGAAGCACCAGACUUGAGACGAGUUCUCUCAAACACAUUACACCGCCAGCAGCUGCUGGCCCAUCGUCAAGAUGCGCCCCUCUGCUUCCCUCCCGCUGCUGCUAUCCGUCUCCACAGCAGCAAACGCGAUCCCCCUCAUUGAUCGUCUUCUACAUCUUCGUGGCACAAAACCAACAAAGACCUACUCGGUCGUCAAUGUUGAGGGAAGUCCCAGCACCGACCCGGCAGUCGUCACUAUCACCAGAUCGCCAGUUCAGACCACGGUGACAGAGAGAGUCACGGAUACCGUCACCGAGAUAUCGUCUCCAGUGCAGACAACUUCUACAUCGCUCAUCAUCGUGAACGUCGAUGGCACCACAGACAGCGGCCCAGCAACCGUCACUGUCUACCCAAGUGUGAAGCCUACCCCUGAAUCAACACAUUUGACUGCCACGCCCACGACAGCAGCAACCACACCACCAGCUGCCCCUCCGCCAAGUUCUGCUGAGCCAGCGCCGUCUUCCGCUGCACUGUCAACUCAAGUAUCAGAGUCUGCCCAGCCAGCUCCUUCAUCAACAACAACGCCUGACAUCCCAUCGAGCGUUGUCGUUCCUUCGUCGACCCCGACACCAUCCUCGAGCACCCCUGUCGUGGUGCCUCCUUCAUCAAGCGAGACGUCGGCAUCGCCUGACCCAUCUUCGCCAGUGCCUUCGUCGCCAUCGACAUCUGCUAUCGAGCUGCCACCCUCCACAGAAACCCCCGUGGCACCAUCUUCAGCAUCCGUCGGCUCGUCCACCGCCAUUGUUGUGCCUCCUCCUCCUUCGACUGAAACUCAGGCUAUUCCAAGUGCGUCUCCGGCGCCGUCUGUCAGCCCCUCCACGGGAGCAGUUGAGCCUCUUCCUUCGACGUGGACAUCUGUUGCUUCAUCUCCAGCAUCAUCCUCAGCAGCCGCACUCUCCAGCUCCUCCGAGGUCAUUGCGGUGCCCCCUCAGUCAUCAGCAACGUGGGCUGCUCCAAGUGAGCCGGCAUCGACGCCGAUUGAGUCUUCUGCAGUUGUCAUCCAGCCUCCCCCGCCCACGGCAACCCCUAUUGAGCCGACGUCUUAUGUAGCUCCUCCUGUAGAGCCGUCUUCUGUCCAUCCGCCCAACACGACCUCAUCAUCCUCAAUCUCGACGACAACAACCUUGUCCUCUACUAGCACGAGUGUCACGGAAACCUACACGCCUCCGACUCCCACCCAGAUCUAUGAGACCACCUACCAAAUAUCAUGGGUGCAGACGCCCAGCUCUUUCCCUCAACCCUCAACCUUCGUCACCAGCAUCAUCAGCGUGACAACGUCGUCCUCGAUCCCGGAGUCUACGACGAGCUUUGACGAUGGUGACUGGUCUACCACCAAGUAUCCCGAGUGGAACGGUACUGCCAGCGCGACCCCUCGCUAUCGCCGAUGAAGCGGAGGUCCGGUUUCCUUUUAUCUAUUAUUGAAGAGACGAGUUAUGUCUGAUGUACUGUUCAAGUGUUUUGCAUAUCCCUAGCAUGGCGUAAUUGGUUCUGCUAGAACAUGGGAGGUUGUUUGAUUUCAUAAAGCAUGAGCAGCGCGUGCAAACGAGACCUGAGAAACGACGCAUUAGGGCCAAGGGCCAUCUCGGACUGUGGGAAGAGAGCUCACAGCAGCACAGACCAAGAGCUGGAAAGCGCUGUCGUCAAUGGGUUUCCUAAUGUCUAAUAAGAUAGAACUUGUAUAUACUCAACAAACCGUUACGUAUGAUACCUCGUCCUCCCACGUGCUCGAAGCAGAAUGCCGUGGUUCUAGUGUCAUCUACAAUACCGACUAGAGCCUCGCCUAUG